UUCACUAUGACAGCGUUUGACUUCUCGGAUAUAGAGGCGUUUUUGGAUUGCCACCCGGAUCUGUUCGAGGAGUAUCUCGUUCGGAAAGCCAAAUGUGACCAGGUUAGCAGGUGGUUGAAGGAGCAUCAGCCGUCGAAAGUGUCCUCUGUCGAGGAGAAGCGGGGCGCUGCCAUGGACCCACUGUGGCCGACCAGUGCUGACGGACUCCGGCGCAGAUCGUCCCACAUGGAGCUGCGACGGAACUUUGCUCGGUCCAAAGCCACCACUGCACACUGGACAUACGACGAGCACGUGAGUUUGAGCGAGCACGAGUCCCAGUCCAGCAUGAGGCGCCGUGCGCUCCUGCGUAAAGCCAGUUCACUGCCUCCCACUACCGCGCACAUCCUGAGCGCCCUGCUGGAGUCCAGGGUCAAUGUGCCUCAGUACGCAUCCAGCGCCAUUGACUAUAAAUACAGACUUAAAGAAACCAACGAGAGGGAGUUUUUCUUAGAGCUCGUGAAAGAUAUCUCCAACGAGUUGGACUUAACAAAUCUGAGUUAUAAAAUCCUGAUCAAUGUCUGCAUUCUUGUGGAUGCAGACAGGUGUUCGCUUUUCCUCGUUGAAGGACCCCCUCACAAGAGGACUCUGGUUUCCAAGUUCUUUGAUGUGCAUUCAGGCACUACAGUCAGACCAUCAUCUAGCACUCUUAACUCCAAUGAAGUGCAAGUGCCAUGGGGGAAAGGUAUCAUUGGAUAUGUGGCGGAGCACGGGGAGACUGUAAACAUCUCAAACGCAUAUGAGGAUCACCGCUUCAGUGAUGAGAUUGACAAGCUGACCGGGUACAAGACUCAGUCCAUCCUCUGUAUGGCCAUCUGCAACAGUGAUGGAGAAGUCAUAGGUGUUGUACAAGCUAUUAACAAAAAUCCAAUCGGCACCCCAUUUACUGAGGAUGACGAGAAGGUGCUGCAGAUGUAUCUACCAUUCUGUGGAAUAUCGAUUUCCAAUGCUAAGUUGUUUUCAGAGUCUCGCAAGGAGUAUGAAAGGAGCAGGGCUUUGCUGGAGGUGGUCAAUGACCUGUUUGAGGAACAGACCGACCUGGAAAAGAUUGUCAGGAAGAUCAUGCAGCGAGCGCUGACUCUGCUGCAGUGUGAACGUUGCUCUGUGCUUCUUCUGGAGGACAUUGACUCACCUGUUGUGAAGUUCUCAAAGACAUUUGAACUCAUGUCUCCUUUGUGCAAUGUGGACCGUGACAUCAGUGCCCACAUCAGCAUGGAGAAGUUAUCCUGUUCUGACUGGCUAAUCAAUAACAGUAUUGCUGAGCUGGUGGCUUCAACAGGACUGCCUGUUAACAUCAGUGAUGUGUGCCAGGACCCACGCUUUGAUGCUGAGGCAGAUCAAGCUUCAGGGUUUCAUAUCAGAUCAGUGUUAUGUGUUCCUAUCUGGAAUCGAACUCAUCAGAUAAUUGGGGUUGCACAAAUUCUGAACCGCCUGGACAGGAAGACCUUCGAUGAUGCAGAUCAGAGGCUAUUUGAGGCAUUUGUGAUAUUCUGUGGCCUUGGAAUCAACAACACAAUGAUGUACAAUCAAGUUAAGAAGACAUGGGCUAAACAGUCUGUAGCACUGGAUAUGUUGUCCUAUCACGCUACCUGCUCCAAGGUGGAAGUUGACAGACUGAAGGCUGCCAAGAUCCCCCUGAGCAGUGAGUUAGGCAUUGAUGAGUUUCACUUCAACGACUUUUCAUUGGACAACGACGCCAUGAUCACGGCUUCUCUCAGGAUGUUUCUGGAACUUGGUGUUGUCCAAAAGUUUAAAAUUGACUAUGAGGUUUUGUGCCGCUGGCUUCUGACUGUGAGGAAGAACUAUCGAACUGUGGCAUACCAUAACUGGAGGCAUGCUUUCAAUGUGUCGCAGUGCAUGUUCGUUAUGAUCACGACAGCAAGUUUCCAGGAUGUCCUGUCAGAUGCAGAGAUAUUGGCACUGAUGGUUGGCUGUUUGUGCCAUGACUUAGACCACAGAGGCACCAACAAUGCAUUUCAAGCUAAGACAGGUUCUGCUCUGGCCCUGCUUUACGGGACAUCAGCCACCCUGGAGCAUCAUCACUUCAACCAUGCAGUCAUGAUCCUGCAAAGUGAGGGUCACAAUAUCUUUGCAAACCUAAGCUCUAAAGAGUACAGCAACAUGAUGCAACUAUUGAAGCAGGCUAUUCUCUCCACAGACCUUACUUUGCACUUUGAGCGCAGAACCAAGUUUUUUGAAUAUGUUCUGUCUGGAGAGUUCAGCUGGACUGAUGAAGGACACAGAGAAGUUCUCAGGUCUAUGUUGAUGACAGCAUGCGAUCUGGGUGCAGUCACUCGUCCCUGGAAGAUAUCCAAACAGGUUGCAGAGCUGGUUACAAGUGAAUUCUUCGAGCAAGGUGAUAGGGAGCGGUCAGAGCUUAAGUUAAUCCCAGCAGCAAUCUUUGACCGCAAUCGCAAAGAUGAACUACCUGCCUUACAGCUUGAAUGGAUUGAUGGGAUCUGUAAACCUCUUUACCAGGCACUGCUGAAACUCAACAGAAAGUUACAGCCAAUGAUGGAUGGCAUCGAUGCCAAUCGAAAGAAAUGGCAGGAUCUCUGCUCAUCCUAUCAGCAGACACGCAGAGCUUCGGUGUCUAAUCAGAGUACAGAAUCAGGUCAGAACACUGAGUCAGGUGAAGAAGAUGGAGAAAACAAUGAAAACCUAGAGUCUAGAGAAACUGCGAAGCCAGUCGAAAACUCACUGUUUGGGUCAAAGUGCAGUUAGGAUCAAAGAUGCAGAGAAAAC